UUAAAACAUUUUCUGGAGCAGCACCCCCACUAAUUUUAACUACGAGCCGCCACUGCCAACGACAUUUCUAAUUUUUCUCAAUACAAUUAAGGCACAUAUCCGUUACAAAAGACAACAGCAACAUCAACGAGCUCAAAUGUAUUCCGACAAGUUUGUCGCCAAAUCUAAUUGUGAACAAAUCAAAGGGAAACGUGUCAAGUUCGACAAAGUCAAAGCGGCAACGUCGAUGACGACGCGAAAGUCGAAUAAUAAAGAUGGCAAUCGAAAAAAGCAAACCACUUCAACACAGGACUCGCCGGAAAGCGCUAUAUUCUAUGCAUGGCUGGACCAACUAAAUUGGAUAUUACAUAAGAAAUAUUUACGAGAACGGCGGCAUCUCGUACGAUCGUUUUAUUGUCAACCUUUUUAUUACGGAGAUACAACUUUGUAUGCAACAUAA